GAAUGCCAACUCUUUAUAAAGCCCACUGUACUUGCAUACGUUUCAGUGCGCAAAUCUGAACGAUAAACAGAGAAGCUAGACUUUCUAUGCCAUGAUUACUGCACUUCAAGCUACCGCCGUGAUCAUGGGCUCAUUCAUGUCCGGAGCCAUGAUGAGCGUCUAUGGGCUCGCAAUGCCUGCCUUCUUGCAGACCGUUACUCAGUCGAGUCAACUUAUCCGCUUCCAAAGGCAACUCUAUCUAAUCGGCACUACCAAAGGCCGAGCGUUAGGCCUUGCUACCACCCUUCUCUACAGUUCAGUCUCCGUUCACCAAUACCUGACUGGUGCACACUGGCGCGUAUCUGCCGCUGCCGGCCUUAUUACCAUCAGCUUGGUUCCAUUUACCGAGAUAGUAAUGGCUCCAACUAACAAUGCGCUGGCUCGCCUAGAGUCUGAAACCAACAAGGGGAUGGUAAUCCCCCGGGAGGAGGCUGAGCGGCUGGUGCGAAAAUGGGACCGAUUCAAUGUAGUGCGAGCACUCUUUCCGUUGGCAGGUGGGGUGUUAGGCUCGCUGGGAGCGCUACAGCUAGUCAACUUAUAAUGUACUAUGUGAGGAUGAUCUAGUGGGGUUUAUUCAUGCUGUGACUAGACAACGACUUGUUGUUGUCCUUGUCAUAGAAUAUAACGCU